AUGUUUUUGCUGUUUUGGAUCUUUGCUGCAGUGGAGACUUUAGUGCUUCAGCCAAGUCUGAAUGUAUCAUCUUCUCAGAAUGUGUCUUUAGAGGGUGAGACCUGGACUGAACCGAGUCCUGAUCACCUCCAGCAACAUCCAGGAGUACGGGAAGAAAAGCUGAAAUGGGAGAAAGAACCAGGAACCCAUAUUACUGUAACAAUAACAGAGGAAGAGGAGAGUGAUGGGGAAGACAAGCAUCAAAUCUUUAAAAAAGCAGAAGAUGAGGAUCAAGGUCAUCAGGGUAAAAGAGUGGAUGAGGAAGUAAUUCAGGAAGACAAUCGAGGUGUAGAUCCAUCUGUAGAUGCUUCUCUUGCUUCUCUGUCUCCUUCUCAGUAUAUCUCAUCCACCAUAGCUCCACCUUUGAUCACCACCUCCAUCACCGCACAAGAUCCUGCAGACAUGAGACAGAGUAACCUUCAUACUGAAGACCAAAAUACAUCUCUCUCAGCUCUAAAGAACACAUCGCUAUUGCUAUCAACCAAUCAGAACAGCACGCAUGAAAAUUCCUCACUGGAUCAGGUCGAGAGUUCUGAAGAACACGUGGAUGCUGCUCCUACAGCAAUAGCAGCCAGAGCUGGACCUACUGCCUUGAGCUUACCCAGCACCUUCAAGCCCAAAUCAAAGACCAAACAUCCAAAAAUUAAAGACAAACAUAUAGCAAAAACAAAGAAAAACAAGCUUCAGAAGGAGAAGAAAGUAAAGGACAAGAGCAACAAACCUACAAACCUGAAAAGGUUAAAACAGAAGAAAGAUCAGCUGACUCCUGCCCCAUACUUUCCAUAUUUUGAAGAUCACUACUGCCCACCGGACUGUGCUUGUUAUGGGAGGGUGGUGCAAUGUUCAGACAAAAGGCUGGAAAAGAUUCCCUAUGGUAUUCCGUUCAAUUCACGCUACAUCCUUCUUAUGAACAACCACAUCAAGAGCAUCCCUCUGGACCUGCUUUCAGAGUACCUUUCUAUGGAGUUCCUGGUGCUGAGCAACAACCGUCUGGUAGACAGUUACAUUGAAGGUGCCUUCGAAGGUGUUCAGGCACUGAAGAGGCUGUAUUUAGACCAGAACGUCCUCCAGAGUGUCCCUACUGACCUUCCAGCCUCGCUGGAAGAGCUCCGUUUGGAUGGGAACAAAGUGAAAGUGAUGUCUGAGGUGGCCUGGUUUCGCUGCCCUGGUUUGCUCAUCCUCAGCUUGAGCAACAACAGCUUAGAAAGUAUGUCCUCCUCAUUCCCUGUUGGAGUUUUAUCUCCACUAAGCAGGCUUCGCACACUCAGUCUCUCCCACAACCGUCUUACUUCUGUCCCCUUACAUCUCCCUGUUAGCCUUCAAGAGCUUUACCUCCGUGGUAACCUCAUCCAACGCUUCCAGCCAGGAGUUUUUAAUGGCAAGACGCAGCUUCAAGUGCUGGACCUCAGUGCCAACAGGCUGACCAACAAGGGUUUGGGAAAGGGUGCAUUCAUCAAUGCCACCCACUUGGAAAGUCUCAACUUAGAAGGGAACUUCUUGAAGCAAGUCCCUCGUUACCUUCCACACUCUCUAAAGACCCUUAACUUAGAAGGAAAUUCCAUCUUGAGCAUCAGCAAGGCCACAUUUCUCUCACUUCCACAUCUGGAGCACCUUGGCCUGGCCCGCAACAAGAUCUCCAAGGUGGUGCCCGGAGCAUUUCGGAUGCUUCCUUUGUUGCACCAGCUGGAUCUUAGCCACAAUGUGCUGCACCAGGUCCCACGUCAGCUCCCGGCUUGGCUUGUUUAUAUUGCGCUCAACCAUAACAAGAUUCAGAUGAUUCCACGUGAUGCUUUCUGCUUGUUCAAGAAGUCUGAACCAGCCAAAAGUCGUCUGGUUAAGGUGCAGCUGGAGCACAACCUGGUAGACAUGGGCAACCUGGACAGUAUGGCUUUCAGCUGCUUAAGAGGAUUUCAGGUGGUGCACUUUUAGUGAUGAAACAAGGGUACAAACUGAUAUAAAGAAAAAAUAUCAGA